AGUUUGUCUUAGGUAUCUUGAAUUUUUAUGUUGUCCUUGAGGUCUUCCUCAACUGAACAUCUUAUACCGCGAUAAUUUCAGAGUACACCUUCAGGUUCUUCAAAAUUCAGAGCCAGUUAGUAGAACCAAAUGAGCAAGUCUUUGCUUUUAGGCAUUUACAUCACGGUAUCCUGCCUCGCUUUUGUCAUAUCCAAGAUCAUUAUCUCAGUCCUCCUCUACAAAAGAUGGAAAAGAAAGCACAUGAUUCAUGAAGAAGGCUAUGCAGGUGGGAAGAUAGUAAUCUUUAGGUCUUCAGUUCUGCAGUCUCUUGAAUCUGAUACGAUCUUGAAGAAGAUGAUGAACCUAAAUAAUAUGGAGGUCAUUGGAUGUGGUGGUUAUGGGACGGUUUAUAAACUGAAAAUAGAUGACUCAAAAUCUUUUGCAGUGAAAAGACUGAACAGAGGAACUGCAGAUAAAGGAUUUGAGAGAGAGCUGGAAGCAAUGGCAGACAUAAAACACCGCAAUAUUGUAACUCUUCAUGGAUAUUAUACUGCUCCAUAUUACAACCUCCUCAUAUACGAGUUGAUGCCAAACGGAAGUUUGGAUAAUUUCCUCUACGGAGCACCAGAGAAGAGGAAAACUUUAGACUGGUCAUCAAGAUACAGAAUAGCUAUAGGAGCUGCUAGAGGAAUAUCUUAUCUUCACCAUGAUUGCAUCCCUCACAUAAUCCACAGAGAUAUCAAGUCAAGCAAUAUAUUGUUGGACGAAAACAUGGAGGCUCGAGUUUCUGAUUUUGGAUUAGCCACGUUGAUGGAACCUGACAAAACCCACGUUUCCACAAUUGUGGCCGGAACUUUUGGAUACUUGGCUCCUGAAUACUUCGAUACAGGAAGAGCAACGUUCAAGGGGGAUGUCUACAGCUAUGGAGUUGUACUACUGGAGCUUUUAACAGGGAGAAAACCCAGUGAUGAAACAUUUAUGGAAGAAGGAACGAAGCUCGUCACAUGGGUGAAGGCUGUUGUUCAAGAAAAGAAGGAGGAACUAGUUCUCGAUGAUAGGCUAGGGACGUGUCCAAUCCAAGAAGUUAACAAUUUGUUCAAUAUUGCCAUGAUGUGUCUUGAAUCCGAUCCCUUGAAGAGGCCAACAAUGGAAGAAGUUGUCAGCUUGCUUGAGCAAACGAAGGCGGACAAACUUGCUACAGCUUACUGA